AUGCCUGGAAAAGUCAUCUCGCCUUACAAGCAGGUCCCAGAGACUAAAGCUGAUCUCGACUGGGCCGAACUAGUGACCCUCGACCUCAGCCUCUUCGACAAACCUGACGGCAAACAGAAACUCGUCGACCAACUCUCCUACGCAGCUCAGCAUGUCGGCUUCUUCUACGUCAAAAACUUCGGCAUCAGUCAAGAAGAAGUCGACCGCCAAUUCGCCCUGGGACGGGAAUUCUACGACUUACCCUUGGACGAGAAACUCAGAUACUACAACCUUGCAGACCUGGAAAGUGGCGAAUACAAUGGCUAUCGUCCCGCAGGUCUGCGUCAACUGACCGAAACCAUCAAAGAUAACGUCCAAGUGUACAACCUCCCAAAAUUCGACGGAUACCAUAAACGACCCCAACCUCCCGUCCUUCAAGAUAACAUUCAAGAAAUUGAGGCUUUCAGUCGAAAAUGCCAUGACCAGGUCGUCGUCAAACUCCUCAAACUUUUCGCUAUCAUGCUAGAACUCCCCGACGAAGAUCAGCUGGUCAAAGACCACGAGUACGACGUCAAAGGCGAAGACCAUCUUCGAUACAUGCACUACAAAGCUCGGACUCCCGAAGAGAAUCGUCAAGUUGGGGAGUUGUAUUCUGCUGGACAUACGGAUUUGGGAAGUAUUACACUUUUGUAUAGGCAGCCUGUGGCUGCUUUACAGAUCUUGAAUUCCAAGGGUGAAUGGAAAUGGGUACGGCCGCAGGACGAGACGAUUACGAUCAAUAUUUGCGAUGCGUUGUCGGCUUUGACGGGAGGGUAUUUGAAGAGUAGUGUGCAUCGUGUUCAUGCUCCGCCGGAUGAUCAGGCUCAUGUGGAUCGUUUGGGUGUGUUGUAUUUUGCGAGACCUAAUAAUCAUGUCGUCUUGGAUCCGAUCAGCAAUAGCCCUCUACUCCAGAGAUUGGGAAUCAAGGACAAUGAUUUCACGAGCCUUGGUCAGCAUUUGACUGUGGAGGAGUGGGUGAAGAAACGUCAGGCUCAGCAGCAGAGGAGGACUAAGGCUCCGAAGAUUGAAGGCACGAAUUAUACUUAUGCUGAUAAGGAACUUGAGGUUCUCCCUGGGUAUUCUGCCAAGGUCUACAACUAG